UGGAUCAUUAUCAAGAGAAAGUUGAAAAAAUAAGAUAGGUGACUGCUGACCAGAUAUUGAAAAAUCAAGCAUUUCAGGUUCAUCAAAAUGUUAUUUAUAUUAAUCUCGCUGCUUCUCGUUUAAAGAGCCUAAAGGCCUCUUCCACUGCUUUACGGUUGAUUCCGCAGUAUUAUCUGCCAUAGCUCAUUUCAUUUGACUGAAUCGUACGCCGCCUUAAAGUCCACAAACAGAUGAUGAGUCUGCAUACUCCCGGAACUAGUCUAAUAACUGACGAAAGCACCGUUGCCACGUCAUCUGUUGUCAACCGCAUGAUGUUUUAACAGAGCGCCCUCUCGUUCCCGAAAAGAUCAUACAUCCAUAACAUCCGAAAAGUGUCGACCGUCAAUAAAGACAUGAUUGAUCUGAGAACUAGAGUCCCCAUUUAGAUGCCUCCAAGUGUGUUUCCGAAUAUUCAGACGUUGGAAGCAGGUGCUCCAGAUAGCCAUUCCUCAGGCCGCGGCGAAAUUUAUGAGCCUCAGACCGUUAUCGUUGAUCGACAGGUGAAGGCUAUGUCUUCCAAUGACAGGCCGAAAGAAUUCCUCCCUCCCGGUCUACGCAUUUGUAUCUCUGAUGAUGAUUUUCAAUUCAUAUUUUGGGCACUCUCUAUAGGUCUUUUUGACCCUGUUCUAGAAUUUGCCAUUAGCAUCAUUGGAUUUAUCAUUUGUCGGUGCGUAAAUGUUAAUUAGGCUGCAGAAGAGUUUGCCCUUAAUUCUCAGCAUACAUUUACGGUCAUCUGCAGGUUGCUACUACUUUACGAGCCGAGAGCCGGGGCAGUCCUUUCCGUAUCAAGAAUUCCUCUCCCAGGUAUUCGGUGCUGGACUACUCGUCGCCAAUUCGUUGCGCGUCUCGACACACGCACGUAGGACAUGGUCGACUCACCUAGCAGGGUUCUUGAAAAAGACGGAUUUCACUGCACAGUCGUGCGGCAUCCUUGCGACGUGGCCGGUCCACCGUAGGCUCCCAACUUACGCCAGGUAUACGAUAGGAAUCUCUGCAAGCAGUACCUGUAGCUCGUGAUUCAUACGAUUCCGCCACUCUCAUCCGCUUUCCGUUUGUACUCCUCCAAAAAUAGUCCGCAACACCUUUCGUCCAAAUACGGCAAGUGCGCGUAUGUCUUCCGUAAGCAAAGUUACUGUUUCAAGUCCGUAGAGGACUGCCGGUCUGAUUACUCCUUGAUCGAAGUGUUUUGCGGAGGAAAAAGUAGGCUCGAUAGUCGGGUCAUCUGCAGGCCUCUAUUGGGUAACUCGUUGCGUUUGUUUUCCCAACACUACGAAACCGAGCUUAUAUUCUGCCUUUCUACCGCCACUGUAGUAGAUGUGGUGCUUAAAAGAAGUGUCUGCAAUAGGGCUUACUGCGCGGAACUUCAUCGAACUUCCUGAAUAUCAGCGAUCUCCACUCCGAGCCGAUGUAGCUCUCGAGCAAGCAAGCCAGCUGCAAGUCAUGUAGAGUGCGGACAAUCCAGGUACUAAGUUUCCAAUCGUUAUCCAUUGAUCGUUUUUUUUUUUGUUUUUUGCCGACUGAUCAGCUCCGUAUUACCAGUUUCGUUUGUCGUGGUAAAUGAGGUAUACUAUCUUACCGGGUCACGAUGCCUACAUCCCGCUGAUGGGUCUGCCAUAUUAGGUGUUUUGAUUUUUUAUGAGCAGGGAAAUCUUCUGAGCACCUGAGAAGACAACUCAGGGUGUGGAGUUGAGUAUCCCGACCCAUUAAACCCCUACUCGAGUCUCCAGCCUCAACCCCUUCUGGCACUACCUUAUCGGUAUUACUUCAGGGGGGACUAUUGUGCUUAACGCGCCCUCUUAGAUAACUACUGGACUAUGGUAGUUAGGCUGUUUAUUCGCCGUUGAUCGGCUCUCCAGCGGUAUUGUAGCUCAAGUACAUUCUGGGUAGCAGCCGCAUUGACCGCUCCCCAUACGUCCGAGCUGGAACACAUCCUUUAGACUAAGUUAUCCGGAGUAGUGUCCUGUCCGCUCUCUGUCAUCAUGUUUGCGCGAAACCAGGGCAUAUGAAGAAAGUAUGUUCUGCAGUUUCCUCUACGUCCAUGCAUUCGGGACACGCGGGGACUCCGCAUGCCCGAACUUUUGCAGAUACUGUCUAAAACAACCAUGCCCUGACAGGAUUUGUGUCAGGUGGAAAUUGACUUCGCCGUGGCACCUGUUGACCCACCCGGAUAAGUCGAUGUGUUCACCGGCCUUUUGUGGAAUCAGACCAUGCUCGCUGCCAUGUAGUCAUCAAGGCCGAUCUUGUGGUACUCCGUAUGCCUCUAGUUCCACGUUGGUUGAAGCACUCUACGUCCUCGCUGAUGAUGAAACGAUAGGUGCUUUCAGCUUAGCUAGAUAGCUUUUGGUACCUAACACCGAUAAGUAUAAGUAUAAGUAUAGACUGGACCACGUUGGCCAAUAGCCUUCGCUUGCUGCCAUAUACCGCAGAGCUAUUGGACAUUAUACGAGACAAUGCCGAAAUAGCUGUGGAAGCCUUCUUGCAAGCAUAGUCGAUCUUCAAUAAUUGUUAGGUUUUGCAUAUAAGAUGAACCGAUUCCAACGCACAUUGUAUAACAGUUGGAAACCCUACACUUUUCCUACCCCAGUUCUAAACUAUAGCGAUCGUGUGCAGAAUUUGACUGACAGUUAGUUAUACUCAUUUGUUUACAUCAAAAACUUAUUAUUACAUUCAGUAUGCAGUUAGGUUAGUAGUUGUAAUAAAUGCAGUUGCAGUUAGCAGUUUCCGUCCUGUUUUCCCGAUAAAAGAAACUGCAAGUAGUUUAUUAGGAUUCAGACAGGUACAAACUGUGUUAGAAAGAACAUCGUGGUUACCACAGUUGCUCCCGUCUGUUCCAGUUAGCAAUAAGCCCCGUUAAGUAAACGAACUAAAAAGUGUCAUCUAAAAUGAAGCGAAUUAGACAUUAAAACUAGUGAAUAGUGAUACUUACCCAUAAAUAUCGUAUUAAUUGCGAUCAUUGAAGAAUACCUGAUUAUUCGCUCGCCCAAUGUAAAUUCCCAGAUACUUACCAAUGCGUAAUUCCGCUGAUCCUGAAAAGAAGAAGCGCUGAAAAUAUAAGAUGCUAAAUGCAGUGGAAAUCAUGGUUCACAAAGUGGAUUUUAAGAGUAACCCCGACUACAUGAAGGUUUUCAUCAAGAUUCGCAACGGAACCGACAGUCAGCGCAGCACCGUCGUCGAUAUCGAUUCGCAGAUUUUCCGGGACAUCACCAGUGGAGUGCACGUGAGGUUGGAUGUGGCUUCGAAGAUGGGCAACGAGUAUCGCUCGCUGGUCAAUAAGGAUAUCGAUGUGUGCAAGCUGAAUGCAUCCCGCUCCGAGGAUCCUCUUAUGCGGCUGCUCGUGGGUGAAAUCAGAAAAUAUGGCAACAUGAGCGUCGACUGCCCGCUCCUCACGGGCAACUACGUGGUGCGUAACUUCCGCGUCAAUCGCGAAAACAUGCUGAUUAAGCUAGCGCCGUCCGGCGAGUAUCGUCUGGGCAUCGAUGUGAAACACAAAGUGGAACAAAACAAACCGGCGGUUCCCGUUUUCGAUUUAGAAUUUUACGCUACGCUCGUGGGAGAUAAACCGUGAGUGCGGCUUCUCGUCGAUGCGAUGUCGAGUGAUAGAAUAGUUCGUGUGUUCGCCAAUUCCCAGAGGGUUUUUAACUAAUUAAUUAUCGAUAAAUAUACCUGCAGAAUUGAGCGGCGUUUUUUUCUACUCCGUACCG